AUGAAGAAGCCAAAAGAAGAGCAGACAACAUCUGAUGAAGAUAAAUACGAAAAGUACUCGAGGGAAAAAGAGGAAAAGGCGCCUAAUAUGAUAGAUGCCCCAUCAGUAAUAUCAUCUAAUACAGAUGAAUCUGUUUAUUUUGUAAAUUAUAGAGCUGUUGUUGUAAAAACAAAACAAUAUUAUGUAACUCAAAAUUCGUAUUUACUUUUUGGGGAUGUAUUUAAAAUAUAUAAUUUGAAAGGUGAAAUAAAAAAAAUUCAUGCAUUUUUUCCAGGGGAUGAAAAUAAUCUUGCUGAUACAUUAAUUAUGUUAAAAACGACAAUAGUAGCAGUAACAACAUCAAAAGGGGAAGCUCUAAGAGUUGCUGAUGAGAUAGAAAUGAUAUGUAAAAUUUGUCAUAAGAAAAGAAAAGCUACUAAGUUUUCGAUUGAAGGUUUUUUAAGGAAAGUUCGAUGUGAUACAUGUAGAGUUAAACCUAGAAGUUUAAUAAAUAAAACAAAUAAUGGGAAAAAAUUAAACAACUUAAAGAGUGAAAAUGUUGGAGACCCACCGAAUGGAAAGAAAAUGAACAUGCCAUAUGAAAAUACGGGUUGCACUACGAAUUAUACCACCGGACUAAGUAGUAAUAGCAAUUGCGCAAAUGGUUGCAGUGGUAAUUGCAGUGGUAAUUGCAGUGGUAGUUGCAGUGGUGGUUGCAGUGGUAAUUGCAGUGGUAAUUGCAGUGGUAGUUGCAGUAAUGGUCGUAGCGGUGGUUGCAUCAAUGGAUGUAUCAGUGGUUGCAUCAGUAGUGGUGGAAACGGGGGAAGUAUAGGUAGCAUGGGAAGCGUUGGCAGUGUUGGAAGUAUCGGCAGCAUCGGAAGUGCCGCAAGUAUGGUAACCGUUGGAGGUGUUUCCAAUGUGGGUGCCUUCAACACUAGUGAAAAUGGGAAUAUUAAUCCAAAUUGUGGUAGUAGUACAGGAAACAACGAAGUAAAUAUGAACAAGUUACGCAUAUGCACGUACAAUUCUAAGUUCAAUAAUGUAAAUUCUUUACUGAAAAGUAGUUGCUACAUCCCAAACAACACCGAUAUAUGUAGCACAUCUAACAUACCAGGUGUUAAUAAUAACAGCCAUUCCGAUCCACAUGAUUGCAAAAAUGGAGAUGAAAUUAUUUCUAUGAUUAUUGAACUCAUUAAAUACAUAUCAUGGAUGCAAAAAGCAUUAAUAAGAACAACCAAAGGAAAUUAUGUAACAGACCAUUCUGAAGUCAACAUUGAAAAAACGUCAAAAGUUGUUCACUCAGCACAAUUGUUAUGUAACAAAUUGUUAAGACAAAAGACCCUAGUAGAGCAAACCAACGGAAAUUUAAAUUUUUCUUCUCUGAUGCAUGUCUACCCUAACAACAACUGCAAGAACAGUGCCAACAGUAGUGGCAACAACAGCGGCAGUAACAAUAGCAAUAACAAUGGCAAUACCAAUGGCAGUAACAGUGGCAAUACCAAUGGCAGUAACAGUGGCAAUACCAAUGGCAGUAACAAUGCCAGUAACAGCGGCAAUAGUAGAAGCAGUAACAGCAACAAUAGUAGCAUCAACAACCACCCGAAUAACUUCUGCCUAAAGUACUCCAACUUGUAUGAAGCAAAAGUGAACACAAUUAAUAGAUCAAAUAGCCCCGUCUUCAACAGUUCUAGUUCAAUUAAUGUGUUCAACAACAUUAUAAACCAGAAUAGCAUAAACGUUUCAAACAGUGGUAGCGGAAGCAGGAAUGCGUCCGCCGGAACAUCUAACCAUAAUAACGGCGGAGUUGCUAGCGGUAGUAUUAAUGUCAACAAUAACAGUGGCAGUAAUGGAAGCAGUACUGGUGGUAGUAGUAGGGGCAGUAACAAUGGCAGUGAUAGUAACAGUAAGGGGUAUAAUAUCAACGGCUACAAUAACAGCAAUGGCGGUGAUAACACAUGCGGUAGUAAUGGAAACUUAGAUAUAGAAUCGAUAAACCAUUUCAACAAUAUGAGCUCAAAUAUUUUACCAUACUACUCUAAUACUUGUCAACUUAAUUGUCUUCCGUCGUCGUCUUCAUCAAGAAAUUAUAAUAGAAUUAAUCCUUUCAUUAAACAUCAAAAUAAUUAUUUGUGUCGAAGUAAUAAAAAUGAAAAUUUUGUUAACCUUGCAACAACAAAAGAUAGCUAUUAUAAUGAUAAACAAGAUACUGUAUUCUCGACCUUAUCAAAACAAUAUAACUCAAAUGUAAAUAUAUCCUUUGCAAAUAUUAAUAAUUCUGUUUCUAAUUUUUAUAGAACGGUAACCAAAAAUUAUAAUUUAAGAGAUACAAUUUUGAAUUUUGAAAAGUAA